GACACGUAUAUAAGCCCAGCCUGGUACUAGAACCAACAUUCUUGGAUCGAUAUUUGAAGAGAUAACAUGAAAUUGAUAAUCCUAGCUGCGGUGAUUGGUGUGUGCGCGGCGGGCGCCAUCCCGGCGUACGUGCCGCCUCAAUACCGCUACUACCCUGAUGGCAGACCUAGGGCUGCGUUGGAGAGAAACGCUGCAAUCCUCAGGUCUGACUCCGAAGUCAACGAGCAAGGAUACCGUUAUGCUUAUGAAACUGAAAAUGGCAUCCAAGCUGACGAAGCCGGUGUAGAAGCUAACGGCAUACAAGCUCAAGGCGGGUACUCCUAUGUGGGUGACGACGGGCAGGUGUACAGUGUGAGGUAUACCGCGGAUUCCAACGGGUUCCAGCCGCAGGGCGCGCACUUGCCCACUCCGCCGCCGAUACCUGAUGCUAUCGUCAGGUCGCUGCAACACAAUGCAAAGGCAGAAGCUAGUGGCGUUUAUGAUGAUGGCAGCUACCGCGGGAAAUACAUCGACGCGUCUGGGGUUGUUAUAAACCGUUACAACUACCCUUACAGACGUUUCUUCACCCCAUACAAGACAUACCAGUAACUCAAUUGAUAUCGACGUGCCAUAUCUAUAUUGUAAGAUUGUAUAGUCCUCUGUUAACGAAAUAAAUGGAUUUUGUAUUAUUCUUUUA